GGCUGCGGUUGCGGUGGGGGCGGCGGUGGCACGGGCCCAAAGGGUCGACGUUCAGGUGCGGGUUCAACGCCGUCUUCCUCGGUGUCGUCGUCGUACUCUGCGCUAUCUUCGUCUUCAUACUCGUACUCGCUCUCCGUCACUUCUUCGUCUUCCUCCUCGUGCUCCUCGUGCUCCAGCUCGUGCAUGGGCACUUGCCCGCGACCCUGUGCUUGCAUGCCGCGGCACAGCGUCUCUAAUCGGGCAAUCUUCUUGCGCUGCUCCUCAGCCUCCCUCGUCUUCUUGGCAAGCUCCUCCUGCAUCUUUUGGCGCUCCUCGACCAUUUCACCAAUAUUUCGAUUGGUAAUGUCCUUGUGGCGCUGCAGAUUUUGGUUUUCCUUUUCGAGGCGCUUCGUCUUCUUGGACAUUUCUUCCAUUUCUUUGCGGAACGUGAGAAAGAGGUCGUUGGAGUUGUUGAGGGUUUCCUCAACCUGCAUCUGGUCAGUAUUAACCAUGAUGAUACAGACCAGCUAG